UUUCCCCACGCUCCACAGCAUGGGUGUCGGCCGGAGGAAGUUGGUCCCAUUCUGGGUCCUAGCCCUGGCCCUGGCUUGCGGUCAACACACAGGCCAGGCCCGGCAAGAUACUCUGAAAUCCGACCAUGAACAUCACUCUGACUUCUCUCUGCUUCAAGGGCAUGAUGCUGCCCCACUCCAUGGGGUGACCAUCAUCCCACCUCUGAGGACCAUCCCUGUGGUACGAGCUCUCAACCCAGCACACACCGGGCGGGUGUGCAGCACCUGGGGCGACUUCCACUACAAGACCUUUGAUGGCCAGGUCUUCCGCUUCCCUGGCUUCUGCAACUAUGUGUUCUCUGCACACUGUGGGGCUGCCUAUGAGGACUUCAACAUCCAGCUACGCCGUGGCCGGGAGUCUAACGCCACCACUCUGAGCAGGGUCACUAUGAAGCUUGAUGGCCUAGUUGUUGAUCUGACCAAGAGCUCCGUAUUAGUCAACAACCACCCGGUUCAGCUGCCCUUCAGCCAGUCUGGGGUCCUUAUUGAGCUCAGCAGUGGCUACCUGAAGGUGGUGGCCCGGCUGGGCUUGGUCUUCAUGUGGAAUGAUGAUGACAGUCUCCUGCUGGAGUUGGACACCAAGUAUUUCAACAAGACUUGUGGUCUCUGUGGAGACUUCAAUGGCAGCCCAGAGUCCAGCGAGUUCCUCUCCCACAAUGUUAGAUUGACACCUCUUGAGUUUGGAAACCUCCAGAAGAUGGAUGGCCCCACAGAACAGUGCCAGGACCCCCUCCCUGUGCCCCAGAAGAACUGCUCCACCAGAUUUGGCAUCUGUGAGGAGAUCCUGAAAGGUCAUCUGUUCUCGGACUGCUCGGCCCUGGUGGACACCAGCAGCUACCUGGAGGCUUGCCAGCAGGACCUCUGUCUCUGUGAGAGCCCUGACCUGUCCAGCUGUGUCUGCCAUACUCUGGCUGAGUACUCCCGGCAGUGUGCCCAUGCUGGAGGACAGCCCCAGAACUGGCGGGGUCCCGACCUCUGCUCUCCAACAUGCCCCCUCAACAUGCAACACCAGGAAUGUGGCUCACCCUGUGUGGACACUUGCUCCAACUUCCAGCGCUCUCAGGUCUGUGAGGACCACUGUGUUGCCGGCUGCUUCUGUCCUGAGGGGACGGUGCUUGAUGACAUCAACCAGACUGGCUGUGUCCCUGUGUCCCAGUGUGCCUGCCUCUACAAUGGGACCGCAUAUGCACCCGGUACCAAUUACUCUACCGACUGCACCAAAUGCACGUGCUCUGGAGGUCAGUGGAGCUGCCAGGAGGUCCCGUGCCCUGGCACCUGCUCAGUGCUGGGGGGUGCCCACUUCUCCACAUUUGACGAAAGGCAAUACACAGUGCACGGGGAUUGCAGCUACGUGCUGAGCAAGCCCUGUGACAGCAACAUCUUCAGUGUGCUGGCUGAGCUUCGAAAGUGCGGACUGACAGACAGCGAGACUUGUCUGAAGAGUGUGACACUGAGCCUGGGUGGGGCCAAGACGGUGGUCAUGGUGAAAGCUACUGGAGAGGUCUUUGUGAACCAGAUUUAUACCCAGUUGCCGGUGUCUACAGCCAAUGUUACCCUCUUCCGGCCUUCAACCUUCUUCAUCAUUGCCCAGACCAACCUGGGUCUGCAGCUGGAGAUCCAGCUGGUGCCCAUCAUGCAAGUGUUUGUGCGGCUGGCACCUGAGCUCAGGGGUCUAACCUGCGGGCUCUGUGGGAAUUUCAACAGUAUCCAGGCCGAUGACUUCCAGACCAUGAGUGGGGUUGUGGAGGGCACAGCAGCUGCCUUCUUCAAUACCUUCAAGACGCAGGCAGCUUGUCCUAACAUCAGGAAUAACUUUGAGGACCCCUGCUCGCUCAGCGUGGAGAACGAGAAGUAUGCUCAGCACUGGUGUUCUCAGCUGACGGAUGCCAGUGGCCCAUUUUCCCAGUGCCACACCACCGUGAACCCCAGCACCUACUUCUCGAACUGCAUGUUUGACACGUGCAACUGUGAGAAGAGCGAGGACUGCAUGUGCGCGGCCCUGUCCUCCUACGUGCGUGCCUGUGCCGCCAAAGGCGUGCUGCUCAGUGGCUGGAGGGACAGCGUCUGCACAAAGCCUACAACAACCUGCCCCAAGUCGAUGACCUACCACUACCACAUCAGCACCUGCCAGCCCACCUGUCGUUCUCUGAAUGAGGAAGAUGUCACCUGCCACGUCAACUUCAUCCCUGUAGAUGGUUGCACCUGCCCUGCAGGCACCUUCUUGGAUGACUCAGGCAAAUGCGUGCAGGCCACCAGCUGUCCCUGCUACCACAGGGGAUCCACGGUUCCCAAUGGCGAGUCAGUCCACGACAGUGGGGCCAUCUGCACCUGCACCCAAGGAACCUUGACUUGCAUCGGAGGUCCUGCUCCGACUCCAGUGUGUGAUGCACCCAUGAUCUAUUUUGACUGCCGCAAUGCUACACCUGGGGACACCGGAGCUGGCUGUCAGAAGAGCUGUCACACCUUGGACAUGACUUGUUACAGCUCCGAAUGUGUGCCUGGCUGUGUGUGCCCACAUGGGUUGGUGGCAGAUGGUAAUGGAGGCUGUGUUGUUGCUGAGGACUGUCCUUGUGUGCACAACGAGGCUACUUACAGGCCUGGGGAGACCAUCCGAGUGGGCUGCAACAACUGCACCUGUGAGGACAGGAUGUGGCGGUGUACCGACAAGCCCUGCCUGGCCACCUGUGCUGUGUAUGGGGAUGGCCACUACCUCACUUUCGAUGGGCAGCGCUACAGCUUCAGUGGGAACUGCGAGUACACACUGCUGCAGGACCACUGUGGUGGGAAUGGCAGCUCCCAGGAUGCCUUUCGUGUUGUCACUGAGAACAUCCCCUGUGGUACCACAGGGACCACCUGCUCCAAGGACAUCAAGAUCUUCCUGGGGAACUAUGAACUGAAGCUGAGUGAUGGCAAGGUGGAGGUGGUCCAGAAGGGCGUGGGGCAGGAGCCCCCCUACUAUGUCCACCAGAUGGGCAUCUACCUGGUGGUGGAAACUGACGUUGGCCUGGUGCUUCUGUGGGACAGGAAGACCAGCAUCUUUCUCAGACUCAGCCCUGAGUUCAAGGGCAGGGUCUGUGGCCUGUGUGGGAAUUUUGACGACAAUGCCAUCAAUGACUUCACCACGCGCAGCCAGUCUGUGGUCAGCGACAUGCUGGAGUUUGGAAACAGCUGGAAGUUCUCGCCAUCCUGCCCAGAUGCCGUGGUGUCCAAGGACCCCUGCACUGCCAACCCUUAUCGCAAGUCCUGGGCCCAAAAGCAAUGCAGCAUCAUCAACAGUGAGACCUUCACUGCCUGCCAUGCCCAUGUGGAGCCCGCCAAGUACUAUGAAGCCUGUGUGAGUGACGCGUGUGCCUGUGACUCAGGGGGUGACUGCGAGUGUUUCUGCACUGCCGUGGCUGCCUAUGCCCAGGCCUGUCAUGAAGUGGGAGUGUGUGUGUCUUGGAGGACACCAGACAUCUGCCCGCUAUUCUGUGACUACUACAACCCAGAGGGUCAGUGUGAGUGGCACUACCAGCCAUGUGGGGCUCCCUGCAUGCGCACCUGCCAAAACCCUAAUGGACACUGCCUACAUGAUCUUCCCGGCCUUGAAGGCUGCUACCCCAAGUGCCCACCAACAGCCCCCAUCUUUGAUGAGGGUACGAUGCAGUGUGUACGCAAUUGUACAGUCACCCCUUCACCUCCACCACCUCGUCCCUGCCGUGUCAACGGAAAGUUGUACCGACCAGGUGCAACAGUGCCUUCAGACAAGAACUGCUAUUCCUGCAUCUGCACGGAGAACGGUGUGAGCUGUGCCCAUGAUGCUGGUGCCUGUGUCUGUACCUACAAUGGGCAACACUUCCAUCCUGGGGAAAUCAUCUACCACACGACAGAUGGCACGGGAGGCUGUAUCUCUGCACACUGCAGGGCCAACGGCACCAUUGAAAGGACCAUUGAAGCUUGCAGCUCCACCACCCCCACCCCUCCGACUACUUUCUCCUUCUCCACACCAGUUGUCAUGACCUCAAUGCCACCCUCCAGCACACAUCCCAGCCCUACCCUGAGUGUGGUAUACACAGGGUCCCCAAGCAGGGCUGUGCCGACAACCAGCAGCAUGUCGUCAGUGAAGACCCCUGCCACUGCCUUGACUGCAUCUACUAUGGCCUCCACCUCAACCACACCAGGCUGCCAGGAGUGCCACUGGUCUCCCUGGAUGGAUGUCAGCCAUCCUGGACGUGGCAUUGACAGUGGUGACUUUGAGACUCUGGAGAACCUCCGUGCCCAUGGCUACCAGAUCUGCCAAGCACCAAGGGCAGUGGAGUGCCGUGCUGAGGACACCCCUGAGGUGCCGCUUCAUGUGCUGGGGCAGCAGGUGGAGUGCAGUACAGCUGUAGGGUUGACCUGUCACAACAGGGAUCAGGUGUCAAGGCUCUGUGACAACUACCAGAUCAGAAUUCAGUGCUGUACCCCCAUCAGCUGUCCAACCUCCAGUGGUCCUACGCAGACCACCCAUUUGAUAACCUCCAGGACAGCUACAAUGGGGACCACAACCUCCUUAAUCCCUGUCACCUCAACUGCCCACACAGAGAGCACAGUUAUCUCAGGUCGCUCUACCCAUGCUCCAAGUCCUUUCCCCUCUUCCUCACGUCCCUUUUCAUCAGCUCCAAGUCCAACUACCCUUGGCCCAGUUAGUUCUACCGCCAUUAAAGUAAAUCUGUCCACUACUAGCCCAAUGCCACAGCCAACCUCAGCCACAUCGUCUGUGUCCAUCCCAAGCACAGGGGCCACCACAGCCUCUUUCGAGACUACCCAUGAAUGCACACAGGAGCUUUGCAGUUGGACUGAUUGGAUAGAUGGCAGCUACCCUAGGCCUGACAGAAACAGUGGUGAUUUUGACACUUUCAAAAACCUGAGAUCCAAAGGCUACAAGUUCUGUGAGAAGCCACGAAAUGUGGAGUGUAGGGCUCAGUUCUUUCCCAACACUCCACUGGAGGAGCUGGGUCAGGAUGUAAUCUGUAACCGAGAGGAAGGCUUGAUCUGUUUGAACAAAAACCAGCUGCCACCCAUUUGUUAUAACUAUGAGAUCCGGAUAGAAUGCUGUAAGGUAGUGGACCUGUGCUCCACAGCUUCGGCUACCACACUUCCGACCUCACGAGAAAUAAGCACAAAAACAAAGACCAACUGGACCACAAGCUUGCAUUCCUCUUCCACCAAGGGCACCAGUACUCACUCAGCAACAAUACACACAGAGACCUGGGCCACAAACAGUCCACACACAAUCACUCAACCAGGGACCACCCACUGCCAGCCACAGUGCAACUGGACCAAGUGGUUCGACACUGACUUCCCAGUGCCUGGUCCACAUGGAGGGGACCUGGAAACCUACAGCAACAUCCUGAGGAGGGGAGAGAGGAUCUGUCACCGGCCAGAGGAGAUCACACAGCUGGAAUGCAGGGCUGAGAACCACCCUGAGAUGAGGGUGGAGGAUCUGGAUCAGGUGGUGCAGUGUGACCCCACUGUGGGCUUGGUGUGCAGGAACCGGGACCAGAAGGACAUCUCUGGGAUGUGCCUCAACUAUGAGGUGCGAGUGCUGUGCUGCCGCAUUCCUGAAGGCUGCCCUGGGACCUCACCUGCCACUCUUUCCAGCACCUCAGGUGAGACUGUCCCCAGCUCAGCUCCUGUCACCACUUCUGUGCAUGCAGCAAUCAGUACGACCACGCCCCGAACCAGGACAACCAUUGUGCAGACAACCAGCACCACCUCCACACCCCAAACCAGCUCAGCCUCUGUGCAGACAGCCAGCACAGUGUCCACCAGGGGCACCAGCACCACCUCUGUGCAGACAGCCAGCACAGUGUCCACCAGGGGCACCAGCACCACCUCUGUGCAGACAGCCAGCACAGUGUCCACCAGGGGCACCAGCACCACCUCUGUGCAGACAGCCAGUACAGUGUCCACCAGGGGCACCAGCACCACCUCUGUGCAGACAGCCAGCACAGUGUCCACCAGGGGCACCAGCACCACCUCUGUGCAGACAGCCAGCACAGUGUCCACCAGGGGCACCAGCACCACCUCUGUGCAGACAGCCAGCACAGUGUCCACCAGGGACACCAGCACCACCUCUGUGCAGACAGGCAGCACCACAUCCAUGCCUAAACCCAGACCAACCUCUGGGCAGCCAGUCAGCACCACCUCCAAACCCCAAACCAGAACAACACCUAUAGGAAAAUCCAGCACCACAUCUGGGCAGACAGCCAGCACUACAUCCAUGCCUAAACCCAGACCAACCUCUGGGCAGCCAGUCAGCACCACCUCCAAACCCCAAACCAGAACAACACCUAUAGGAAAAUCCAGCACCACAUCUGGGCAGACAGCCAGCACCACGUUCACCAGGAGCACCAGCACCACAUCUGGGCAGACAGCAAGCACCACCUACAUACCCCAAACAAGCUCACGCUCUAGAGAAAAAUUGAGGACCACCCUCAAAACCCAGACCAGCUCAGCCUCUAUAGAAAAAUCCAGUACCACAUCUGAGCAGCCAGCCAGCACCAUGUCCACCAGGGACACCAGCACCACCUCUGGACAUCCAGCCAGCACCAUGUCCACCAGGGACACCAGCACCACCUCUGGACAUCCAGCCAGCACCAUGUCCACCAGAGACACAAGCUCAACCUCUGGGCAGCCAGUCAGCACCACCUCCAAACACCAAACUAGAACAACACCUAUAGGAAAAUCCAUCACCACAUCUGGACAGGAGGCCAGCACCAUGUUCACCAGGGACACUAGAACCACCUCUGUGCAGACAGCCAGCACCACAUCCAUGCCUGAAUCCAAACCAACCUCUGGGCAGCCAGUCAGCACUACCUCCAUGCCCCAAACCAGAACAACACCUAUAGGAAAAUCCAGCACCACAUCUGGGCAGCCAUCCAGCACUACCUCUACGUCCCAAACUAGAACAACACCUAUAGGAAAAUCCAGCACCACUUCUGGACAUCCAGCCAGCACCAUGUCCACCAGGAGCACCAGCACCACCUCUGUGCAGCCAGCCAGCACCACAUUCAUAGGAAAAACCAGUACCAUCUCUGUUCCUGGAACCAGAGCCACCUCUGCUCCUGCCAGCACCACAGGCCCUGGGUCUCCUUCUGUGGUGACUUCUUUCCCAGGGACCACCCACUGCCAGCCACAGUGCAACUGGACCAAGUGGUUCGACACUGACUUCCCAGUGCCUGGUCCACAUGGAGGGGACCUGGAAACCUACAGCAACAUCCUGAGGAGGGGAGAGAGGAUCUGCCACCGACCAGAGGAGAUCACACAGCUGGAAUGCAGGGCUGAGAACCACCCUGAGAUGAGGGUGGAGGAUCUGGGUCAGGUGGUGCAGUGUGACCCCACUGUGGGCCUGGUGUGCAGGAACCGGGACCAGAAGGACGUCUCUGGGAUGUGCCUCAACUAUGAGGUGCGAGUGCUGUGCUGCCGCAUUCCUGAAGGCUGCCCUGGGACCUCUGCAACUCCCCCUGUGACAUCAUCCCACAAGCCCUCAUUUCCAGUUGUGUCACCCUCAUCUGUGUCCCCGUCCUCAUCGACCAGCCCUAGAGUCCACUCUACCACCCCUUGUUCCUGCAGCGUGGCAGGCCAUUUGUAUCCUAUCGGAUCCAUCAUCUACAACCAGACAGAUCUUGAUGGCCACUGUUACUAUGCCAUGUGUAGCCAGGACUGCCAGGUGGUUAGAAGUGUUAGUCAGGACUGCCCCUCCACCAUCACGCCGUCCCCUACACCAGCUCUAUUCACAUCUACAUCUACCACCACACCCGUCAUUCAUCGGGAUCGGUGCAAUGUGGUCCCUCCAAGAAUGAAAGGGGACAUCUGGCACAUGCCUAAUUGCUCCCAAGCCACCUGUGAGGGGAACAAUGUCGUCUCCCUGAGCCCACGCCAGUGCCCAGAAGUGAAAGCACCAUCUUGUGCCAACGGCUACCCACCUCUGAAGGUGGAUGACCAGGACGGUUGCUGCCAGCACUUCCAGUGCCAGUGUGUUUGCAGCGGCUGGGGUGAUCCCCACUACAUCACGUUUGAUGGCACUUACUACACUUUUCUGGAUAACUGCACAUAUGUGCUGGUGCAGCAGAUCGUGCCUGUGUUUGGACACUUCCGUGUGCUCAUCGACAACUACUUCUGUGACCCUGGAGACAGUGUUUCUUGCCCGCAGUCCAUCAUCGUGGAAUACCACCAGGAUCGCGUGGUGCUGACCCGCAGGCCUGUUGAUGGGAUCAUGACUAACCAGAUCAUCUUCAACAACAAGGUAGUCAAUCCUGGCUUCCAGCAGAAUGGCAUUAUCGUCUCCCGCGUGGGUAUCAAGAUGUAUGUGACCAUCCAGGAUAUUGGUGUCCAGGUCAUGUUCUCAGGCCUCAUCUUCUCUGUUGAGGUGCCCUUCAACAUGUUCGCCAACAACACAGAGGGCCAAUGUGGCACGUGUACCAAUGACCAAAAGGAUGAGUGCCGCCUGCCGGGAGGGGCACUAACCUCUUGUUCUAAGAUGGCCCCCCACUGGAAGGUCCCCAACCAGCCUUCCUGCCAAGGGCCUCCUCCAACAUCAACUUCAGUGGUACCCAGUCCUUCGCAGGCUCCAUGCCCACCAUCACCAAUCUGUGAGCUCCUCCUAAGCAAUCUCUUCCAGUCCUGCCAUGAUAUCAUCCCUCCGCUGGCAUUCUACGAAGGCUGCUUAUUCGACUCCUGCCAUGGGUUGACCUUGGAGGUGAUGUGCUCAGCCCUAGAACUCUACGCAUCACUCUGUGCAGCCCAAGGCCGGUGCAUCCCCUGGAGAAGCCAGACCAACAAUACCUGUCCAUUCACCUGCCCUGAUAACAAAGUAUACCAGCCAUGUGGCCCAACCAACCCUCAAUACUGCUAUAGGAAUGAUGACAUCAGCACCAGCUUGACCCUUCAAGAAGCUGGCCCCUUCACAGAGGGCUGCUUCUGCCCAGACAACAUGACACCUUUCAGUACUAAUGAUUCAAUCUGCGUGCCUUCCUGCCAAUGGUGUCUGGGGCCUCAUGGAGAACCUGUGGAGCCGGGCCACACCAUCAGCAUCGGCUGCGAGGACUGCACCUGCAGGGAGGCCGCACUGACCUGCCAAAGGAAGCCCUGUCCCCAGACCACCUGUCCAGAGCCUGGCUUUGUGCCGGUGCCCGAAGGCCUGGAAGCUGGCCAGUGUUGUCCCCAGUUCAGCUGUGUCUGCAACUUCAGCCACUGCCCUCCUCCUCUGCACUGCCCGGAGAAUUCCAGCCUGGUGGUCACAUACGAGGAGGGAGUUUGCUGCCCAAGCCAAACCUGCAGCAGUCGGAAGGGCUGUGAAGUCAAUGGGACUCUCUACCAGCCUGGUGCUGUGAUCUCCUCCAGCCUGUGUGAAACAUGUUUGUGUGAGGCGCCCAGCAAUUUCCAUUCAGAUGUCUUUGUGGUCCGCUGUGAGAAUAAGCUCUGCAGCAACAUCCAAUGCCCUCAGGGCUUUGAGUACCAGGUCAAGCCAGGGCAGUGCUGUGGCCAGUGUAUACAGAAGGGCUGCCUCGUUAAAAACAGCAACAGUUCCACCUACUUCUACCUCCCUGGUGAGUCCUGGCCGGAACCUGAGGACCCCUGUGUGACUCAUAAGUGUGAGCAGCUCCAAGAUGUAUUCACGGUUGUGACGAUGAAGAAGGAGUGCCCCAAGAUCGACUGUCCACCGGGCCACGCUCAGCUGAGAGAAGAUGGUUGCUGCUAUGACUGUCUCCUACCCCAGCAGAAAUGCACGGUACACCAAAGACAGCAGAUCAUCCGUCAGCAAAACUGCAGCUCUGAGGGGCCAGUGAGCCUCACCUACUGCCAGGGCAACUGCGGGGACAGCACCUCCAUGUACUCCCUGGAGGCCAACACAGUGGAACACAAGUGUGAAUGCUGCCAGGAGCUGCAAACCUCGCAGAGGAGUGUGACGCUGCGCUGUGAUGACGGCUCCAGCCGCACCUUCAGCUACACCCAGGUUGAGAAGUGUGGCUGCCUGGGCCAGCGGUGCCAUGCUCUAGGUGACACAAGCCACCCAGAGUCCUCAGAAUCAGAGUUCAAGUCCAAGGGAAGUAAGGAACAUGGCCAGUAGUCGGCAUUCAGGGCCAGCGAGGAGGUGCAUGGGCCUUCCCAGUAAACUGAGCAGCACUGCUGUCCCAACACUCUGCCCCAAAGUCCUCCUGAGGCCAGCAGGACACGUGCUGCUUCUUCAAGUGGCUUGAAUUCCAGACCUUCUACCUACCCAGCACUUUCUCUUCAAGAGGGACAUCAACCUCAGCUGUCCUUGGAGGUGGGAGAGAUCCUAUCCACCGAUUAGGAGCAUGAGGACCACUGGACUCCUUUGGAAAGAACUUCAGUAUCAUCAAAGGAUCCCAUGAAUGAGUCACCUGAAUGCAGUAUCAUCUAUCUGCUUGGCUUCACUCCCACCUCAGCCCUGCACCUGUGCCCCCUUUCAGAAAAUGGCCAAUUUGUUUUAUAAAUACACUCCGAGCAUUUGUGGA